AUGCAAGUAAUACCAAUCGUUCGUCCUUGCCAUAUACUACCAUCAUCAGAACGAGAUACUUCUGAUUCUGAAACAGGUUCUUGGUCAUCGGCUGACCGUGUUGAUACACCCGAACCACCAUCACCAGAACCAAAAUUACCGGAAAAAGUUCCUCAAAAAGUUCAAGAAUCUAUUGUGGAAUCAUCUAUUAAGAAAAAAGUAAUUAUAGGUUUAAGUAUUGUUGCUGCAUGUGUAGUUAUUACUGGUAUUAUACUUUGCAUUGUUUUACCUCUUACAUUAAAUAAAGAUUCGACUAUAACAAUUUCAACUACGCGAGCUACAAGUACAAUUAUAACUACCAUUCACAGUAAAUAA